CGUUUGCCGUGACGUAGCGCUGCCGUUGGGGCGUCUGAGUUCCGUGGUGUUAGCAGAGGUGUAAUCGCGAGUCGGCAGCCGAUUUUCCGCUGAUUCAGAAAGCGCGCGGGAUGAAAGUGAACUCUCCUAGACGACGGGUGCCAAAGCGCCACCAGACACCAGAGUCUAGUUUCCCAUGAAUAGUGGAGCCUGCUGGGUCGGCUUAAUCCUGCGACAGAAUAUUGAUGGGGCUUAAUUCCUUGCGGGAGAAACGUCCGAAGGAGCAAGGAGUGUUGUGGGGGAGAAAAGAAGAUUUUCAUGUGCGACCAGUUUCCGGUUGGAUUGCGAAGAAUCGCACAAACAAAUGCUCGAUCGAUUUGUGGUUUUCUGUUAUCAGAUCUGAAAAGCUAAGAGGAGUGUUAUUCUCGGUUGAUUAUUGAGAAUCUGACAGCUCUAGUGAGGGGAAGAAAGUGUCCUGUAGCCAAUUAAAUUCACAUGUAAUACCGGUAAUGUUGGUAUCGAUACUGCAGUGAUAAUUUAAGAGGGCGGAAUAAACCACCCAACCCUUCGACCUUCUCGUGGUCCCACGUGGUUCGAUGUUUCGUGACAAGUGAGAAGGAAAUAAUACGAUUCGGUCUUGGGCAGAGUGAUAUCAACCUUUAAGUGUCCCUGUAGAAACAAAAUCCACAGAUAUUAAAGAAGUGAAAAUCUUUACCGCAUUAUCCACAUGUGGGGAAAAGUAUGCUCAUGAAUAUUCGGAAGCAGAGGGAUGUGAUAAUUAUGUUGAUUGCAUAAAAAAUAUAUAUAUUGCAGAGUUUGUGUAAAUCCAAACGCGCGCUGAAAGUGUGAGAAGAGGUUACGAAAAAUAAUAUUUAUUGGAGGCUUACACCUGACGAAUUAAUAAUGACGUGUUAAUUAACAAUAUUGUGAAUUAUUUUUCGUCCGGAUUUAAUAAUUUUACCACGAGGCGGACGUGAGUGUGUGAAAAUUUAUGCACCGCCGGAUUUUGUUGCCAAUUUGUGCAGCCAAAGUAUGCUGUUUUGUUUUCCCAGGAGGGAGGAGCACGGUUUUUCGCCUCUGUCACCACGAGAAAAACUGCAAACUGAACACCGAAACGGGAUUAUGAUGAAAUGAAUGGUUAAGCUCGUUUAAGUGUUUGCUCAGUGCAAUAUGAUUUGAAUUUACCGCUGUCGAAAACAAACGAACGAGAUUUUUUCUCCAACAACUGCGAUUUUGCUCCCCUCAAAAAAAAAAAAAAGGUGGAAGUGCUUGCCGCAGCAGCAAAACGAACGGGAAAAAUUAAUGAUAAUCAUAAUCAAUGUGUGAAUAUGCGGUGGGAAUUGAUGCUGAAUUAUUGAUCGACCAUCUCUAGGGUUAAUCUCACUUUUAUCUCGAUUCGGAAUUCAGUGGCCGGAAACGCCAGCGCAAAUCCACGCGUUAUCGGAUUUCGACCCGCAGCCGGGCCAAUACUUUGCAACCAGAAGUCAGAAUUGUGCAUAAGUUCCUCCUCUACAUACGUAUAUUUAUGUAUGGCUUAUUGUGUUUGAAUCCGUGCAUCGGCGAUUAAAAUAAUAAGUGUAUUAAUGCGAAAGGGCGAAAAAUCGAAUUGAGUGAAAUUUGGCAUCGCCUCCCCCUCAUUCGCGAAUUCGAAUAUAAUGUGUAAUUAUUGCAAAAAAAUAAUAAUGCUUAAAGUGUGGGCUGCGUGAGGGCGUAUUAUAUCCCGGUCGGUGGGGGUGUGGGUGCAUGCGGUAAACAUAUCUCUCCCCCAAGGCGGAGAUCGGAAGAAACAACAACGGGGGCCAGUGAAACGAAAGGAAAGAUCAGUGUUUUUUAAUUAAUUGCAGCCCGGUGCAGGCAAACGAUUCGGCCAGCUUCGAAUCACAUUUUAAUUGAAUUCGACAAAUAACGUAAAUAAAUUGUAUACACAACCAGCCAACGCAAAACCGCCGAUGAAAACCAGUAUCAUCUCAUCACCCAGCCGAGUUGUUCGACCAUAUGUAGCGAUGGAUUUCCGGAGCGGAGUGUUCGUGUUCGUUUACGUGUUCGCGAUAUUAACGGUAACCAUUGGCUCUGUCGCUUUGGUGGACGAAAAUCUUGACACGCGGGAAGGCGAAACCCUCACCCUCAAGUGUCGCUUCGGUGAGCAGCAGUCCUCCAACGAUUUCACCUACUACUGGGCCCGAUGGACGACGGCCAACAAGUACGAUAACGUGGCCAUCAACAACGUCCAGCUCAACACCAAUUACAGAAUCGACUUUCGGCCCGAGAAGGGUGUAUACGAUUUGCACAUCACGAACACUUCGUACAGCCGUGACAAUGGCCGAUUUGAGUGCCGGAUAAAGGCCAGCGGCACGGGAGCCGACGUUCACCAGGAGUACUACAAUCUGACCGUUCUGACUCCCCCGCAGCCUCCGCUGGUGGCCCCCGGGACGAUAGCCGUUGCCACCGAGGACAAGAAAUUGGAUCUUACCUGCAGCAGUAUUGGAGGCUCGCCGGAUCCGACCAUUACUUGGUACCGGUUUGGAUCCAACACACCCCUGCAAGCACCCAUCAACAAGGGUGGCUCGAAAGAUUUGCAAACGACCAGCACCCUGUCGCUACUUCCCCGCCGGGAGGACGAUGGGGCCAAGUAUCGAUGUGUAGUGUGGAACCGCGCCAUGCCAGAGGGGCUUCGACUGGAGACGGUUGUCACCUUAUCUGUAAACUAUUACCCGAGGGUGAAAAUUGGCCCGGAAAACCCGCUACGAGUGGAGCGUGACACGACUGCCAAGCUGGAGUGCACCGUAGAUGCGAAACCGAACGUCCCGAACGUCCGCUGGACUCGAAACGGCCGGUUCAUUAGCUCUUCCCGAACGCAUGCCAUCCAACGAGUGUCCGUCCAAGAUUCCGGAGCAUACGGCUGUUCGGCCGAUAAUGGUUUGGGAAAGGUAGGCGAACAGAUCAUCAUGCUGGAUGUUCUGUACGCUCCGGUUGUCUUUAUCGAAUCAAAAACGUGGGAAGCAGAAGAACGUGAGACCGUUACGAUUCGGUGCAACGUUACGUCGAACCCUCCGCCAAUUUCAAUCGAGUGGUUCAAGGAAGGUAGUCCUGACUUUCGGUAUGCUGGGGAUAUUCUUCAACUGCGUGAAGUGAAGGCAGAACACGCUGGAACGUAUAUUUGUAGAGCAAUCAAUAUGGUCAAACCGUACGGAGGGAAGAUGGUGGAACGCAUUGGGAAUUCAACAGUAGCGUUGUUGGUGCGCCAUCGACCUGGUCAGGCUUACAUAAAUCCGAACAAGCCUGUUGUACAUGUUGGUAGUGGAGUUACACUGACGUGUUCAGCGAAUCCGCCCGGAUGGCCAGUUCCACAGUUUCGUUGGUUUAAGGAUGCUGUGGGAGAGGUUUCGUCCAAUACAAUUCUCGCCCAAGGUCCACAGUAUGUUAUUCCGAGAGCUCAUCUCGGCAGUGAGGGCAGCUAUCACUGUCAUGCCGUGAACGAGUUGGGGCAUGGACCCAUGGCGACCAUCAAACUUGAGGUACAUCAACCUCCUCAGUUCCUCGGUAAGAUGCAGCAACACAUGACUAAACGAAUUGGUGACACAGACUUCUCGGCUAGCUGUCACGCGAAGGGUAAGCCCCGUCCAACGGUGCGAUGGCUCAAAGACGGUCGAGACAUCACUGCGGAUGCCAAUAUGUAUCGGAUCAGUACCAGUAAUAACGAUGGCCUUGGUGGAAUUGUGACCGUCCAAAGCAUGCUCGUAUUCCAGGGUAAAGCCCGUCCCCAUAAGGCCCAACUACUGCCAAGUGAUCGCGGCACAUACACAUGCCUUUUCGAAAACGAGGUCAGUGUUGCCAAUGCUAGUAUGCAUCUUCGGAUAGAACAUGGUCCCAUAGUAUUGCAUCAGUACAAUAAGGUAGCUUACGAAAUCAAGGAGACGGCUGAGGUGAUCUGUCGGGUACAAGCGUAUCCGAAACCGGAAUUCCAAUGGCAUUUGGGCACCAACACCGCUGCGCUGUCCAUGUCAUCCGAUGGUCAUUAUGAAAUCAACACUACCACCGAUAACAACGACAUAUACACGAGCGUCCUUAGAAUCCAUAACCUUAAGCAUCUGGAUUACGGAGAUUAUACAUGUAGAGUUGGAAAUUCUAUUGAAACCAUACGCGCUCUCAUUCGAUUACAGCCCAAAGGACCUCCAGAGAAACCAACCAACCUUCAUGCGGCAGACGUUGGAUCGAACUAUGUGUCGCUUGUUUGGGAUCCAGGUUUCGAUGGUGGCAUCAGCAACACCAAGUUCUUCGUCUCAUACCGCAAGGUUGCUAUCCCCUACCACGACCAGAUGAACGGCGACUGUGGCGUGAUCCAACAGACCAGCUCCGAAUGGAUGGAAUUCGACUGCCAACGGGAUGUUCCUUGCAGUGUAACGCCACUGGAUCAGUACCAGAGUUAUGUGUUCAAAGUGAAGGCCUUUAACGCGAAAGGUAACUCGGAGCCAUCGAACGAAAUAGCGACCACCACGAAGGUCAGCAAGGUUCCGAUGCCGCUUCACGUAGGAUUCGAUCCGGAGACGAGACAGCUCGGUGUUAAUGUGGGUGCGACUUGUUUGUCUCUGAUUGCUAUCGUUGAAUCGAUCGGAUAUUACGAUAGUCCUAUUUCCACGUGGCAAGUCGUGCAAACGAUCCCGCUGACUGUUUCCGGUGGGAAGCCAACGUACAAGGAGGAAAUUCUGGAUAACAUGAUAUCGGCUAGGAGGAGUAGUGCGCGAUCACUGGGUGGUGAUGAUCUGCCGAUGGCCCUCGAGGAGGAAAUUCCGCCACAAGUUAGGGUGAAGCUGUGUCUCAAAUCGAACCAUGAACAUUGUGGGGAGUACGUGGGUGCGGAAAUUGGUCCCGCAUACGUCCAUGACUCCACAUUCAUAGCAACACCGACGCUGAUUGCCAUUGUGGUUUCGUGUGUUGUCUUCGCACUUUUUGUGGGACUCCUGCUGAUGUUCUGCCGUUGUAAGAGAAAUCAAACGAAGAAAUCAUCGACAGCUAAAGACUACGAGAUGGAUUCCGUGCGACCAUCGAUAGUGGCGCAGCAGAAUCAGGCACCUCCGCCAUACUAUCCAACCACGGGGUUGGACAACAAAGCUCUGGAGCAUUCGAUGGAUCUGGCACUUGCGAUGGAAGAUCAGAAAACCACUGUUUACGCCACUCAGAAUGGGUACGGCUAUCACAGCGGAACAAGUCUGCAAGUACCAAAUCACACCGUCGUCGGCCAAGAAUGGGUUACGAUGGGUUACGCAGAAAACAGCUACACAAAUUCAAACAACGGAGGCAGCGUCAAUUCACAGGAUUCAAUCUGGCAAUUGAAGAUGUCGGCAGCUCAGGCAGCGGCAGCAACCAAUACCGGUACGAUGCUAUCAACUCAACAUUACGUCGAAAGGCCACCACCUGUGUCGGCCGCAACCAGCACAGCAGGACUAUCGUACAGCUACGAUCCAUUGGUGCACCCGGGCUAUGGCACUAUGGACGAUUACGCAAGUUAUCCUCAUUUGGCUACGACACCUAGUCAGCACGGAGCCGAAGACGAAUACCAGCACACGCUGCGCCAAAGUCAGAAUCCUUCGCGGCAGGAUUACUGCGGCGACUCAUACGCAUCUGUACAUAAGCCCAAGAAACGGCUGGAUCAACCUCAUUUAGACUCAUCAUCAUAUCACGACGUGAGUGGGCUACCCGAUGCGUAUCUGGAACAUCAGCAGCUUCAGCUCCACCAGGACCAGGAAGAUAGCAAGUCCCUCCUCCAGCAGCAGCAGCAGCAGAUGCAGCAACAUCAGCAACAGCAACAAAUGUCGCUCAACUACGACGAAAGCUUAGAAAGUGGAUACUCGACGCCCAAUUCGCGGAAUCGACGCGUAAUUCGAGAAAUAAUUGUCUGAGAACAGCCUCGGGUGCGUUUCGCCAACGGAACGUGCCUAUGAAGUGUCAACUUCAUGCAUCCUACACACUUAUAGACAAGAAGCACCUUUUUAAUUUACGAAAAAAAAGAAGGCGACAAACCAAACACACCCUGUACUUAGGACGAAAAACGGAACGGAAUCAAAACGCAUCGAUCGUCGAGACACCGGCAAUUCAGAACCUGUUGGUGGUCAUAAUGGCAAAACGGAGGGUUAAUGUCCAUAAACUCAUAAUCUAAGGGCAGCAUUUACGGGGUGGGCUUCUUAGUUUGUAGUUUACCUGUUUUCUUUGCAUUGGCACAAUAACCACCGACACUACUAGAAACGAGAAAAACGAUCGAGUUCAGUCAGAAGCGAUCGGAAUAUUGGGAUGGCUACUAGUGAUUAUGCGUGUGGUUUUGUAUUGCUUUUUGGGAAUCAUUGCAAUGGAAGUACUCUUAGCCGAAAGUGAGAUUAUUUUUAUGUGUUUUUAGGUAUUAUAAUAGGAGUACCGGUAGUUCUCUUCGUUUUUUUUCCAAACGAAGCAAAAAUGGUUACAAAUUUAAAAUUCAUAGUAUUGCCCAUCGCUAGUCACAACUUUUUCCCUUCUUUGUCGGCUAACCACGAAUCGAUCCAAUUUUUGACUUCAUCAAAAUUGGAGAAGUGCUGGUCUACCAGGCCAUGUUGCAUCGAUCGAAAAAGGUAGUAAUCGGACGGAGCAAUGUCUGGAGAAUACAGCGUGUGGGAUAGGACCUCCCAUUCCAGCAUUUUCAAGUAUGUUUUGACCGGUUUCGCGACAUGCGAACGAGCAUUGUCGUGCUGCAAAAUAACUUUAUCGUAUUGUCGUAUUGUAGCCGUUUUUCAUUCAGCGCACGGCUCAAACGCAUCAAUUGUCGUCGGUAGAGGAUGCCGGGGUAUCCAUACGUUGCCCGACGUUUAGGUUUGUCGUAAUGGACCCACCUUUCAUCGCCAGUAACGAUUCGAUGCAAAAAAUAUCCUUUAUUUUAUGCCGUUGGAGCAGUUGUUCGUACGUGAAAAAAGGCGUUCGACGUCUUGUGACUUCAUUUCAUACGGCACCCAAUGUCCUAUCUUUCGGAUCAUUCCCAUUGCUUUUAAACGGAUCGGAUAUGGUUUGCUGAGCUACUCCAAGUGUAUCUGAAAGUUCUUGUUGCGUUUGUGACGGAACUUCAUCAAGUAAAGAUUCCAAUUCUUCAUCUUCAAACUUUUUUGGCGGUCCGGAACAUUUUUCGUCUACCAAGUCAAAAUUACCACAUUUAAACCGGGCAAACCACGUCUGACACUCAGUUGGCUCAGUUGAAGCAAACUUUCCGCAGCUUUUUUCUUCAUAUUGAAGCAAUGAAGUAACACUCACCACGAAAACACUCUCGUUGGUACGAAAUUCGACAUAUUCAAAGUGGUGAAGAAAUAUGUGGUUUAGGCUUCAACUUCAUGACAUAUACUGAAAAAGACAGUAUAUGUCGGUAUAUGACAGUAGCUUUCCAACGAAUGUCUGGAAAUUUGAUUCACUGGAAUAAUAAUCAAGUUACGCCAUCUGUUGUAAAACCGAAGAAACUUACCAGUACACCUAAAAGUUAUUCUUUCGAGUGUAAAUCUGAUUUUAUCGGAAUAACUUUUCGAAGUCUUUUUGCAAUGUUGGACUCAGUGAUUUCGAUUUUAAAAUGAUUAAUUUUGUGGAUUUCUAAAAUGAGAGAACAGAACUCAUAACCAUACCUGCAGCUCAGCUAACAUGUAUAAUUUUGUGCGCUAGUAAUUCGCGUGUUCUCGGAAAUUUUUUAUUCAAUGUUUUGCCUCUCAAUACAUCUUCUGCUGAUUGAAUUGACUGCGCAAAUUGAAUUGGCAUACAAUGGCGAAAACCAUUGGACACUGUUUUCGCCGCUGAAAGUAAGUUAAUUAUUUGUUCAUAUAAUUUCACCGCUGGCAUUCACGCUGUUGGUGGUGAACAGUUGGGACGUGUGACGUUGGUGUGUCCCCGUCUAUAUGCAACAGCAUAAUGAUAAAAAAUUAUACCCCAAAAAGCAAUCAAGAGCUCAUUGCACCGUUUCGAUUGUGAAGCCCACCUUUUGCCGCACACUCACGGAAAUAUGUAAUGUUUCAUGCGUUUAUAAUUAAAUUGUAUCAUUAUCUAAAAAUACGUGCCCUUAAACGAAAUACAUUUGAUUGCGAGAAUAACGAAUAAAGCAUGAGUGCACGAGAGCAUCGAUAUAAGUAUGCAUGAGAGGUUAUGAGGAAAUAUGAGCGGUGAGUGAGACAAACUAAAGGCUGAUUUAGACGAUGCCAGUCAGCGCUCUAGUUGAAGUAUCCAGUGAAUAGAGAACAGACACUCUGUUCAAGUUAGAGGCCAAUUACUUGUUCGAUACUGGUACAAGUAACUUUAACAGAGUGUCUGUUCUCUGUUCACUGGAUACUUCAACUAGAGCGCUGACUGGCAUCGUCUAAAUCAGCCUUAAGGGCAUUACAAACUUUGCACAAAAAAAUUAAACGCAAAGCCAGUCACAGAAAUGACAGAGAGAACACGAACAUAGAUAUAUCAGUUUCCCAGAAGGUACGUUCAGCUUUUACAUGCAGAUGAGGGAUUGAGUGAAAGAAGAAAUAUUUUAACAUUGAAAAGUGAUCGUCAACGGAGCAGAAGAACAGUGUAUUAAAAUCGAAUUUACCUAGGAUCAACUUAAUGAAAAUUUAACGCAACUAAUGAAUAAAAUGACAUAGUCGUGUUUUAUCUCGAGAAAAUAUUUUAAAAAGAUAACAAAACUGUUUAUACAUAUAAAGAAGGAAAAACAAACCAAACAAGAAGCAUCGCUGUUUCUCUGUAUAUGUAAAUCGUCGUGUGUGUGAUAAAACUAACAGAACAAAUGUGAAAACUAA